AUGUCACGUUCGAAGUUUAAGAAGACAUAUUUCAAAGACAAAACAAUUUAUUACCUUGAUUGGCCAGGAAAUUCACCAGAUCCAACUCAUAUCGAAAAUCUGUGGGCUAUUUUAGGAGCUAGAUUGGAUACAGACCUGGUUUUUGACAGUCAAGAACACCUAAAACACGAAAACCAGCAAAGGCCGAAAAGAACAUUAGAAAUAGAAAACAAUUCUAGUCCGCCAGUAGAAGAACAUUGGCUUACAAGUACUGUAGAUAGGAUAAAAAGAAGCAUAGAUAGCAUAUUUUCGAAGGAUACUCACCAAGAGAAAUUAGGCCAUAAACAGGCACAGAAACAACCCCAUCAUCGCAGCACAACGAGUAGAAAACACCAAAACAAGUCUAGGGCUGGAAGAAAUCACCGACAAGUUGAUGACUACGGGGAAGAAGCUGAAGAAUAUGACGAAGCUCAAAACAAAAUUGAACAAGGUCAGGAAGAAGGUCAGACUGGUGACGGCCAAGAAGGUCAAGGUCAAGAAGAGGACGAAUACGACGAUGAAACUGAAAAUAACCAGGGUCAAGGUCAAGAAGGGGACGUAUACAUAAAUGAACCGAACAUUAACCAAGGCCAAAGUGGCCAAGUGGACGUGGACGAAGGACAAUUUUCGGAAUUAGAUAUAGGCGAGGGUAAGGAGGAAGGUGGCCAGGAAGGUGGCCAGGAAGGUCAGGUGGAUAAGGAUUACAAUGAAGACAACAAUAAUCCUGAUGACGAAGACAGUGAAGGAGAUGUGAUAUCGGGAGACUUUGGCUCUGGAGAUGGAGAAGAGACUACACCGAAAGUUGACUAUGGCCAUCCGAGAAUAUACAGAUUCGCCUUUACCGUAAUGGAACCGUAUUCAAAAGAAUACAAGGAUCGCAACAGUCGAGAAUUCCAACAAUUAGCGGAUCGCAUUAAAACAGCUCUAGAUGAAACAUUUGCUCAAAUACCUGGUCAGCAAUUCGUCUCAAUAAUCAGCAUCGAGCCGAGCAAAAAGCAAGAUCCUUUCAAGGUGAGAGUCACCGCUGACGUGGACUCAGAAGGCAACUCGAACAGCGAAGAAAUCAAGAGAGCCGUGUAUGAACCAGUACAUACCAAGCAUAGAUUAGGAGAACUCACUACCACAGAUCCGGAUGAUUUGAGGUUUAACGAAUUUGGAGCUUCGACACCAAAAUGCGAAGAAGGUGAAUUGCUGUGUAAGAGCGGUCAAUGCGUAAGCAUAGCUUCACGUUGCGAUGGAAACCGAGAUUGCAAUGAUAAUUCUGACGAAGACGGUUGUGUCUAUCCUGAACCAGAUCCAAUAACUACGACGACAGAACAAAUAACAACAGUCUCUAUAACAACGCAAAGGCCUCCUGAAACGACCACUAGAAGACAACCGGAAACCACCAUUAUACCAACAUCCUCCACGACAACCACCCCGGAACCCACUGAACCACCGUUCGAUGGUGGAAGCGGUGACGGCGAUGACGGCAAUUGCAGAGCUGAUGAUUCGGUUCGUUGUCAUGAUGGUUCGCGAAUUAUUUGCGCUGAUCAAGUUUGCGAUGGAACACCAAAUUGUGAUGAUGGAGGGGAUGAACUUAACUGCGAUCGUACAACAACCGAAUGCAGAAUUGGAGAAUUCAAAUGCGACGUCUACAGGUGUAUUCCAGUACAGCAAAGAUGUGAUGGUACAGCCCAAUGCACAGAUGGUACCGAUGAACACAACUGCAGAAAAGAAUGUAAUGCCAACGAAUUCGCGUGUGAUGAUCAGUGUUUGCCGUCUUCAAAAAGGUGCGAUCGUUUCAGGGAUUGCAUGGACAAUACUGACGAAAUCAACUGUUCAGAUCAACAAAGAUGUUCUCCCGGACAAUUCUUCUGCGGCGUUGAUGACAACUGCUUACCAUCAAACGCAGUAUGUAACGGAAUUAGAGAAUGUAGAAACGGUGCAGAUGAAGCCAACUGCCCUCAAGGCGGGUGUCAGCAAGACCAGUGGAAAUGCGCAAAUGGCAAGUGCAUACCGAAUUCCUUUGUAUGCGAUCGAAAAUACCAUUGCGAGGAUCUUAGCGACGAACGAAACUGUCCAUGUCUUCCUGAUGAUUUCCGAUGUGGGAACGGAUUCUGUAUACCCAAAUCGCAAAGGUGCGACGAUAUCCACCAUUGUCAGGACGGUACUGAUGAAAUAGGAUGUAACAAAAAAACAUGUGCAAAGCACGAAUGGAGGUGUACGGAUGGUACUUGCAUAGAUCAGAUAUACCGGUGUAACAUAAAACCUGACUGUCCAGAUAGAUCAGACGAGAUAGGAUGCAAUCAAUGUGCGCAUGAUCAAUUUAGGUGUAGUGACGGAUCUUGUUUGACCUUGAACAAGGUCUGUGAUCACGUAUCUGACUGUCCACACUCUGAGGACGAAGAAAGUUGUGCUUCGUGUAAACCAGGCGAGUACACGUGCGCCAAUGGACAAUGCAUCGAUGAAAAGUUGCGUUGCAACACCGUCGCCGAUUGUUCCGACCAAUCGGAUGAGAAAAAUUGCGUCAACGGUCAUAGAUGUCGCCAGGACGAAUUCGAAUGUAGCGAAGGAUACUGUAUCGAAGCUUACAAACAAUGUAACGGUUAUCCUGAUUGUCCAAGUGGUAGUGAUGAAGAUAAUUGUCCAACAACAGAACCGCCAUAUCCUGCGUGCUCAAGCGAUGAAUUUGACUGUGGAGAUAAAUGUAUCGAUAUCGGUUAUCGAUGCGAUGGAGUCGAAGAUUGUAACGAUGGAAGAGAUGAAAAUAACUGUGGUUCCUGUAAAGACAACGAAUUCCAAUGCGAUACCGAUCAACAAUGCAUUAGUCUGGAUAGAAAAUGCGACGGAAGCUCUGAUUGCUCCGAUAAUUCUGAUGAAUUUGAUUGUCCUGGGCACAAAUGUUCUUCCAACGAAUUCACAUGUGACGAUGGUUCUUGCAUCAACGAUUACAAGCAGUGUGAUCGUAACAGAGAUUGUCCAGACGGUUCCGAUGAAACAGAAUGUCCAACUUGUGCCGAUGGUUUUUUCCAAUGUUUAGAAAAUUACAACUGUAUCCAUAUCAGUUUGCAUUGUAACGGCAGGAAUGAUUGUUCAGACGGUUCUGACGAAUUAAAUUGUCCAACUGAACCACCUACUACUGUUUUCCCAGAAACCACCAGACCCAGCGUUUCAUGUCCCGGAGGUUAUCAACAUUGCAGAUCGAGGGACCAAUGCAUUCGACAGGAUCAAAUUUGCGACGGUCGAGGUGAUUGCUACGAUUUGUCAGACGAGCUCAACUGCCCCUCUUCCGCUAGAGAAUUGAACUUAAAGACUUAUCCAUCUGCUACAGAAGAGAGAGAACAGGUUUAUAAAACUGGACAAGAAGUGGUAUUGACUUGCAGAGACGAAGGUCCAAUUAGAGCCAGAGUCCAUUGGGAAAGAGCUAAUGGAGCACCGCUACCAUUUAACAGUACCGACAUACGUGGAAGAUUGACCAUGCCGAAUAUUCAACUAGAACAUGCUGGUACCUACCUUUGCGUCGCUAAUGAUUACCCGCAAAAUACACCCAAUGCAAGAGUUUCUGUACCAUUGACAGUAAUCCGAAGACAACCCCGACCAACGCCUUUACCACCAACAGUAUGUGGAGUAUACGAAGCUACUUGUUCCAACGGUGAAUGCAUUCCAAGAUCAAAAGUACGCGACGGCAAAUUUGACUGUUCCGAUGGAUCAGACGAAGACGGUUACCGUCCGGAAGGUUGCGAACCGAACGAAUAUCAGUGCGCUAACAAAAAAUGCGUUUUAAAAACGUGGAGAUGCGAUUCUGACGACGAUUGCGGCGACGGUUCUGACGAAGAUAACUGUGCAACUAAUCCACCUUUCUCUAUCUGCCAAUAUCACCAAUUCGCUUGCCAUUCCAACAACCAAUGUAUCCCUAAGAGUUACCAUUGUGACAUGCAGAGUGAUUGCGUUGACGGUAGCGAUGAAGUAGGAUGUUCAAAACCAGUGAUAUCCAGACCUCCACCUCCGAUGGUAAGCCUAAAUGUAGGAGACAUUUUCGAAAUAUCCUGUACAGCCGUCGGCAUACCAACACCGGAAAUAGUAUGGCGUCUCAAUUGGGGUCACGUACCGCCAAAAUGCAGACAAUCCAGCGUCAACGGCGUAGGAACUCUAAUUUGCGAAAACAUCCAAAUCGAAGACCAAGGUGCUUACUCUUGCGAGUCAAUCAACAUUAAGGGUGCCACGUUCGCCGUUCCCGAUACCAUCUUAAGCGUGAAACAGGAAAGUCCUUGCAGAACUGGUUACUUCAAUGUCCAAGCCAGAUCCGAAGGAGAAUGUAUUAAGUGUUUCUGUUUCGGUCAUACUAGCAACUGUCGAUCUGCUGAUCUCUUCACCUUUCAAUUCCAACCACCUUUCGAUGCUCAUAAAAUCUUGGGAGUACGUACCGAUCCAUCUGGAGCGGUCGACGUUCGAGACGAACCUGUUUAUUCUGGUUCCGAACCUAAUUUGAUACCGAAUGGACCUCAGGGAGUUUACGCCACCAUUCCAGCCAACGCUUACCUCAACCAACCCAACGUCAUUCCAUAUUUCGCCAUGCCAGAAAACUAUCACGGUAAUCAACUGAAGAGUUACGGAGGUUAUUUGAAUUAUUGGAUUAAACAUACCAACCGAGGGGCACCGCUUCUAGGACCCAACGUCAUUAUAUCUGGCAACAGGUACACGUUACUGCAUCAAUCCACACACUCGCCAGCACCGAAUACCAACGAAAAUAUUCGAGUCAGAUUCUUCGAAGGAGAGUGGUUAAUAAAAUCGGUAGGUUCGAGAGAACGACCGGCUACUAGAGAAGAAAUCAUGAUGGUACUCGAAGACGUCGACAAUAUCUUACUAAAACUGCAAUACAACGACGGACAACUUAACACGACAAUUAGUAAUGUCGAAAUGGAGUCAGCUGGACUAUCUAAUGUCGGUCUAGGACCUGCUACUUACGUUGAAGAAUGUACUUGUCCUGUCGGCUACACUGGUACUUCUUGCGAGAGAUGCGCUGAUGGAUAUCUACGUCAAAGUAACGGUCCUUGGCUUGGAUUGUGCGUUAAAGAACCUAAAACCUGUCCACGUGGUAUGUACAAUGAUGGAAGAGAAUGUCAAAUAUGUCCAUGUCCUCUAACAGAUGCCAGCAAUCAGUUUGGAAGGGCUUGCCAUCUGGGUUCAGACGGUGAUGUAAUAUGCGACUGUCCUACUGGCUACGUAGGCAACAGAUGCCAGUAUUGCGCUCCGGGAUACGAAGGUAAUCCUCUAACACCAGGCGACUCCUGCAGACCCGUUCAAGUUCCUCCACGGCCCUUCUGCGAUCCAGCAGGUUCUAUUGAUACCAGACCCGAUCAAUAUGGAAGGUGUAGAUGCAAGAAUUUGGUUGAUGGUCCGACUUGUAAUACAUGUAAGGCUAAUACAUUCUACCUGAGUGGCGAGAAUCAAUUUGGAUGCGUGUCUUGCUUCUGUAUGGGAGUAUCGACGCAGUGUUCUAGCUCGAAUUGGUACAGAGAUCAGGUGUCGAGUUUAUUCAUUUCUUCAACACAAGAGUUCAAACUCAUAACAAGCCAGAACCGCGAAUCGCCCAUAACUAGCGGCAUCACGUUAGAUCAAACUAGCAGACAAAUAUCUUACAGUGGAUUUGCUACCUCAGAAGUGUAUUACUGGGAUCUUCCUUCGCGUUAUUUAGGUAACAAGUUGACUUCGUAUGGAGGUUUUCUACGUUAUUCAAUCAGAAACACGGCCAUUCCUGGAGGACAGAGUUCUAGGAACAACGCUGCUGAUGUCGAACUUGUCAGCAAAAAUAACAUCAAUCUGUUGUACUACAACAAAAACCAGACGCAGAGUCCCAGUGAAGCACAAUCGUUCGCUGUUCCGAUAUUAGAACAAUUUUGGCAAAGAGAAGAUGGUCAAGUUGCUGAUAGAGAACAUCUUCUUAUGGUUCUAGCCGAUUUAGAAAAGAUUUACAUUAAAGCUACAUACUUUACCAACUCGCAACAAUCAUCCCUCAUUUCGGUAUCGCUAGAUACAGCUAGCGAACGUAACACCGGUUCGAGAGAUAGAGCUUUAGAGGUAGAGCAGUGUCACUGUCCUCCUGGUUAUACAGGUCUUUCUUGUGAAAAUUGUGAUGUAGGGUUUACUAGAACUCCGAACGGAUUGUAUCUUGGCCUUUGCGAAGCUUGCAGCUGCAACGGUUAUUCCAAUGAUUGUGAUCCGGAUACAGGAACUUGCUUGAAUUGCAAAGAUGGCACAACUGGUGACUACUGUGACGAAUGUCUGGAAGGAUAUACGGGAGACCCAGCGAAUGGUAUACCGUGUACUUAUCGUGGUACUCCACCACCGUGUAAUUGUGACCCUCGUGGAUCCGUUUCAACUGAAUGCAGGGACGGUAGAUGUAUAUGCAAGUCUAACGUCGAAGGAAACAACUGCGAUCGAUGUCGUCAAGGUUCUUUCGGCCUCAACUCCAGCUCAAUAGACGGAUGCGAAUUCUGUUUCUGCUCCGGCGUAGCCACCGAAUGUACCGAAAGCAACUUAUACGUCGAACAAAUCCCCUACCAGAUCACAGAACAAGCCAACGGCUUCACCAUUACCGAUCAAUCGCUCAACACCAGAAUCACAGACUUCACCGUCAACGAAUUCAUGAACGAAAUUAGUUACGGAUUGUUACCUAGCAAUCGGGAAACCCUCUACUGGUCGCUGCCUGGUAUAUUUAAUGGAAACAAGAUUAGAUCUUAUGGAGGGAAAUUGGAGUUUUCUCAGAGAUUCACGCAAAGACCGCAGUCUAGAUACGUACCUGACAAGGAUAUUAUUAUAAUCGGUAAUGGAAUCACCAUUUUCUGGACCAAUCCUGCUGAACUAAGGGAAGGUAUUGUUAAUUCAAUCUCCGUGGCCCUCCAUCCAACCGCCAACUGGCUACGAUUAGAUCGCAACCAAGGUCCAAAACCGGCCUCACGCGAAGACAUCCUUACAGUUCUAGCGAAAAUCGAAGCUAUCCUGAUCAGAGCGACGCAAUCUAGUGACACCAUCAGAGCUUACUUGAGCGACAUUACCCUGGACACGGCUGUUGAACAAUACACCGGUCAAUCCAAAGCUGGAAGCGUUGAAAUUUGCAGGUGCCCACAAGGAUACGAGGGAUCUUCUUGCGAAUCCUGCGACGCCGGGUACUACAAGGACUUAUACUUUGACCAAUCUAGACCUUUGGGAUCAUGUACUAGAUGUCCUUGUAAUGACAGAGAGGAGAGCUGUGAAUUAGGACCAGACCAUAGGGUGAUGUGUAACUGUAGGCCAGAAUGGACGGGAAGAAAUUGCGAAUUUGAAGCUGGCAUCAUAACUACGACCACUGAAUCAACAGAUACAACCACGAUUUCUCAAGAACCGACAAUAGAGGUACUAAUCGAAGACCCUAACAUCGGAAUUUACGAAGUUGGUAGUAGUAUCAGGUACAAUUGUUCUGCCAGAUCACGCAUAACACCUGGGCGAGUGAGGGUAUUCUGGAGAAAAGCUGACGGAGAUUUACCAUCGCACGCCAUCGACGAUGGAAGAGGUCUCUUGGUAAUUACCAACUUGAAGGUGUCUGACUCUGGUAGAUACGUUUGUGAAGCUAGCGAUGGAUAUACUAUAGUUACAUCUAGCGUUAACUUGAAUGUAGGAGUUCCCCACGAUCAAAGACCCAGAAUAGCACUGUCUCAAGCCUUUGUAGAAGUUAGUGAAGGUCAGCUGGUAGAGGUUCAAUGCGUUGGCACUGGAGUACCUACACCGGAAAUGAGCAUUGUCAGAGCAGAUGGACAACCUUUAAGCCCAGGACAGCGAUUUGAAAACGGGAUAUUCCGUAUUCGCCAAGCUCAAGUUUCAGACACCGGGGAGUAUAACUGCAUAGCUUCAAACCGAGUUGGUAACGAUUACGCCAGAUUCACCAUCGUCGUUCACGAAAUAACCGUUGGGCCCAUCGUAAGAGUAGACAUUACGCCUCCGUCAUUCAGCGGUGUAUCUGGAGAUACUAUCAUGCUCAGAUGCUCUUCGACUCCUUACGGACAAACUAUUAGAUGGACAAAACAAGGAACAGAUCUUCCUUACAAUUCCAGAGAGGACAGAGGCACUUUGAUUAUACGCGAUUCUACUCCUGAUGUUUCUGGUGUUUACAUCUGUACAAUUACAUCACCUUCUGGCACUAGCGGUAGCAAGAAAGCUACAGUGACCGUUACAGGAAGCGAUGACAACGGAUUCCCUACAGCUCAAGUUUCUACGGAAAGUGUAACUCUAAACCAAGGCGGAUCCAUUGAAAUCCAAUGCACAACCACCGGUAAUCCUCCUCCUUCAGUUAAAUGGACUAAACUUGGAGAAGACCUUGCUAGUAACACUGAACAAUUUGGAUCAACACUUAAUAUCCGCGGUGCAAGAAUGCAAGACAGAGGCGUGUAUGUUUGUGUAGCGACCAAUGUUAGGGGUAUUGCGCAAGCUUCUGUUAUCGUAGAAGUAACUCGUUUAGAAACGCCCCGUCUCGAAAUUCACCCUCACACUACACAGACCGUCAUUGCUGGAAACAGCGCAGUGGUACAGUGUAGAGCAGUUGCUGGCAUUCCAUCUCCAACCAUCACUUGGUCCAGAGAAAGUAAUUUACCGUUAAGUCAAAACGUUGAGGAAAUGUCUGGAAGCACUUUGAGAUUCACCUCAAUAACUCCUGCUGAAGAAGGCGAGUACGUAUGUACUGCCGUUAAUGAAGCCGGAAGAGCUACAGCUAGCGCUCACAUCAUUGUCCAUACUCCACCAGAAGUCACCGUGACUCCAAGGCAAGACGUUAUCACCAAAAAUCUAGGUGACGCUUUCAGAUUAGAGUGUCAAGCUACUGGAAUACCUCAACCAACUGUUGUAUGGACUAAAUAUGGACAAGAAACCAGAUAUGCAUUAUCCAGACCACCAGUAGCGUUUAACUUACCCAAUAUAGCAUACCAAGAGUUUACUCAUCUCACCAAAGAAGAUGAGGGUCUAUAUAUUUGUAGAGCAGAAAGCAGUGCUGGUAUCGUUGAAAGAAGAGUCCAAUUAUACGUCGAUACAUUACCCAGUAGAGGAGAUAUUACAGAGAGACCGCCUACAGGAGAAGAUGCAACUUCUACUGGAGAAAAACCAGAUUGGAGGGAUAACGAACUAACACGUCCUCAUUACACAACAACAUAUAGACCAGAACCAGCUACCCAUGACCAAGAAUACAUAGCCGCUUUGGGAGGACGGGCUGAGAUCAGAUGCAGCAUUGCAAAUCAAGAUGGUGCCAACAUCCAAGUAAGAUGGUCCAGAACCGACGGUUCUCCAUUACCUUCGAACGCAUUCGAAAGAAGCGGAAUUCUUUACAUCGACAACGUUGAACCCGAAGCACAAGGUGAAUACAGCUGCAUUGGAUACGAUCCAACAACAGGAGCACCAAUUUUCAAUCUAAACGCCUACCUUACCGUUAUCUCUCCGCCAAGAAUUACUUUGAUCCCUCCAAGACAAAUCGUCCAUCCCGGAGAGCACGCUUACAUAAAUUGCAGCGCAACCGGUGAACAACCCAUCGAAAUAUCUUGGUCGCCCAUAGAACGUGAAAUGCCAACCUCAGUUUACACGAGAGAAGGAUUCAUCCGUUUCAACAACAUCCAACUACAAGACGCUGGACGGUAUUUAUGUACAGCUCACAACCGUGCUGGAUCCGCCGAAGCAGUUGCUGAUGUAAUUGUCGAAGAUAACGUCUCGAGGCCGGCAAUCAAAGCGGAACAAAAGCAACAAAGAGCUCCAGUCGGAACGACUGUCACGUUACGAUGCAGAGCCAACAAUCCGAAUGGCGGGAAUUCGAUCAGAUGGUUCAGGGAAAGGUUAGAACUGCCGCAGGAUUCUCAGCAAAACGGAGAGAACCUUUAUCUCAGAAACGUUCAGCUCGCAGACCAAGGAAGGUACUACUGUGAAAUUCAGACAAGAGAUGGCACUUACAGCGACUACGUUGAUCUUCAAUUGACCGGUCCAUCUCCAUCCACUGCAAGACCUUAUCUACCACCUCCAACCCUUUACAUAUCUCCACCAGAAGCCGAUCACUAUGCAGGUGAAAAUAUCGAAAUAAACUGUCAAUCUUCUGAACGCGGUGCUAUAACUGUUUGGUCAAAAAUUUCUGGUCCUCUAUCAAGCAACGUACAAAAUGUGGGUGGUACUUUAAGAAUCGUUAACCUUGUCACAGACAAUGCUGGUGUAUACAGAUGUGAAGCUAAUGGAAGACAAGGCGUUCAAUAUAAAGACUACAAUCUCAAUGUUAUUGAUGAUCAAUACAAGGACGAACCACCUCUACAAGUAAAAGAAGCCCAAAGAGGAUCAACAGUCGUUUUGGAAUGUAAAACUGAUUUCGAACCAACCCAAUACGUAUGGAGCAAACAAGGAGGAGAGUUACCAAAAGAUGUCGAUGAAUUUGCUCAAACGAUUCAACUGAACGACAUUGAUGGAUCGGACGCUGGAGCAUACACGUGUUCGGCAAGCAACGGUGCCAAGACUAUCGACGUUCCAGUAAUCUUGGUCGUCACCGGCAUUGUACCAUACUUCACGCAGGCUCCUAACAGUUACAUUACCCUUCCGACGUUAGCAGACUCAUACAUACAAUUCAACUUCGAAAUAUCUUUCAAACCACAACAAGACACCGGUCUUAUCCUCUACAACGGAAACAAAGGAAACGAUAUUAGCGGCGACUUUAUAUCAUUGUCUUUGAUCGAUAGCGUACCAGAAUUUAAAUACAAUUUGGGAAUGGGUACUACUGUUGUAAAAUCCUCUCGACCUCUCACUAUUGGCGACUGGCAUACCGUAAAAGUAUCCAGAAACAGAAGGAAAGUAACCAUGUACGUCGAUGGUGACGGACCGUUUACAGCGAUAUCCGAUGGCAAAUAUACCGGGCUUGAUCUCACAGAACCACUAUACUUGGGAGGCAUACCGAGUCCAACCGGUAUCUCACCAGAAGUCAAUGGUUAUGUAGCGUAUCAAGGUUUCGUAGGAUGCAUCAGUCGCUUCAAAAUUGGCCACGCUCACUUGGACCUCUUUAGAGAAGCUUUGAACAAGACUGGAAUAACGACGUGCGAAUCUUGCAGCGAUAAUAAGUGCCAGAACCAAGGUGCUUGCCAAGAAGCUUUGUCCAAAGAGGGAUACAUGUGUAUCUGUCCGUCAGGAUACAGUGGACCGACUUGUAACAAAUUGAAGGGAGAAGCAUGUUCACCACACGCAUGUGGUAUCGGCAGAUGCGUUGAUACAGACAACGGAUUCGAAUGUCAAUGUCCUCUUGGUCACGCUGGGCGUAGAUGUGAAAAGGAAAUCAACGUAGUGGAACCAGCCUUCCAAAACGAUGCAUACAUAGCUUAUCCGACGCCCAAACCAGCUAGAAAACUGAAACUCACCUUAAAAGUCAAACCCAAAACCCUUGAAGACGGCCUAUUGCUCUACAGUUCGGAAAGCGAAGAAGGAUUUGGUAACUUCAUUAGUUUAGCGAUCAGAGAUGGACAUUUAGAGUUUAGAUUUGAUGCUGGAAACGGUGUUACAGUUAUUAGAGACGAAAGCGACUUGCGUCCAGGAGAGUGGCACGUGCUGACAGCGACAAGAUCUCUAAGUGAGGGUAAACUCAUCGUAGAUGGACAGGCCCCAGCUGUUGGACGGCUACCAGGAAAUUACAAGACCAUUAAUCUUCAAACGCCGCUCUUCAUCGGUGGCUACGACAAACAGCACAUCAGAAUCAAUGAUGGUGUUCAAGUAUUUACCGGUUUCCAUGGAUGUAUUGGAGAUAUAAACUUAGCCGGCGUUGACAUAAACAUGAUUCAAAACAUAACUGACUCGGCCAACGUUAGAGAUUGCAGUGAUGGAUCCGAAGAAGACAACAGCGUUUUCAACGACAACACAGAUCGACCGUUUAAAGGAAUCAGCUGCUCGAACAACCCCUGCCAGAACAACGGACAAUGUUAUCCGCUGUCGCCGAACGAGUACCAAUGCGCGUGCGCGCCAGGAUUCGCUGGUAGAAAUUGCGAAACCUCUGAAAACGUUUGCGAUCCAAAUCCUUGCCAAAACAAAGGUGUUUGUAGAUUGAACAAUUCCUUGUUUGUUUGUGAUUGCCCUCUUGGUUUUGCUGGACGUGGAUGUGAUCAAGUUGCCGAAUUGAGAAAUGACGCUCAUUUUGAAGGAAACGGUUAUUUGGAAUUUAACAAAGAGCUAUUAUCGCACAACGGAGGUCAGCAUGAUCUCAUUGCAUUGGAAUUAUCCACAAACCAAUCGAACGGACUCAUAUUUUGGCACGGACAUGCUCCGGACGUUGACGGCAUUGGACAUGACUAUAUUGCAUUAGCAAUACAAGAUGGGUACCUUGAAUACAGUUUCGACCUUGGCAACGGACCAGCACUGAUCAAGAACCGCCAAGUGCCAAUCAACGACGGCGACAGACAUCUCGUGAUACUAAAACGCGACGGCAACAGAGGUUCAAUAGAGAUCGAUAACAGUUGGAUAGAGAAAGAAGAAGCACCAGGCGUCGCUACGACGCUCGACACCGAAGGCAACAUCUAUAUAGGUGGCGUUCCGAACAUUUCCAGAAUGACGGGCAACAGGUAUUCGCAAGGUUUUAUUGGAUGCAUCCACGGAUUCGAAUUACAAAAUUCCCAAAGAUUAGAUUUAGGAUUAAAGGCUAUAAAUGGCUUGAACGUAAAGCCAUGUUCUAGCUUUGACCAAGAUAUUUGGUACAAUGAUCUGGUACAUUGA